CUAGGGCGAGGAAAUGAAUAUACAUCGAUGAUACGCAGGGUGUGUACAUCACAUACACGGCGUAAAAUAGCGAUAAUUCCUAGUGAACGGUGAUGACUGAAGAGUUUGAAUAACGGGCGCAAGGGAGGGCACUCCAAGAGUUCGAAAUAUAUAAAGCGGGACACACACACAUACACACUCUCUCUCUCUCUAUAUCUCUAUAUAUAUAUAGCAUUCGACAAACACACACUAGGGUUUUGGGUUCUGUUUUCAAUAACUUGGUUCUUCAUCAAUAUCUAUCUGUCCCUGCCAUUGUAGAGCGAGAAAGAGAGAUGGUGAAUCCAAGGUGUUAUCUUGACAUAAGCAUUGGGGAAGAGCUGGAAGGGAGGAUAGUGAUAGAGCUCUACAGCGAUGUGGUGCCCAAAACAGCCGAGAACUUUAGGGCUCUCUGUACCGGUGAAAAGGGCAUUGGCCCUAAUACUGGUGUCCCUCUCCACUACAAGGGAGUCCGUUUUCAUCGUGUAAUUAAAAGUUUUAUGGUACAAGGGGGAGAUAUUUCUGCUGGAGAUGGUUCUGGGGGAGAAUCCAUAUAUGGGUUGAAAUUUGAAGACGAGAAUUUUGAAUUGAAACAUGAAAGAAAAGGGAUGUUGUCAAUGGCCAAUUCUGGUCCUAAUACCAAUGGUUCCCAGUUCUUCAUCAUAACAACUCGCACUUCUCAUCUAGAUGGAAAACAUGUUGUAUUUGGGAGGGUGGUUAAAGGCAUGGGAAUUGUUCGUUCAAUUGAGCAUGUUACUACUGGUGAAAAUGAUUGCCCAACUGCUGAUGUUAUAAUAGCGGAUUGUGGAGAAAUUCCUGAGGGAGCAGAUGAUGGGAUAGCUAAUUUUUUCAAAGAUGGGGAUCUGUAUCCUGAUUGGCCAGCUGAUCUUGACAACCAUCCUAGUGAGCUCUCUUGGUGGAUGGAUGCUAUAGAUUCUGUGAAGGGUUUUGGAAAUGAACAUUUCAAGAAACAAGACUAUAAGAUGGCUCUUAGGAAGUACCGGAAGGCGUUAAGGUAUUUGGAUAUCUGCUGGGAGAAGGAAGGGAUUAAUGAAGAUAAGAGUGCAUGUUUGAGAAAGAUAAAGUCACAGAUAUUCACGAAUAGUUCUGCCUGUAAAUUGAAAUUGGGGGACCUGAAGGGAGCACUGUUGGACACGGAUUUUGCAAUGCGUGAUGGAGAGGACAAUGUGAAAGCCUUGUUUCGCCAAGGUCAGGCACACAUGGCACUUAAUGAUAUUGAUGCUGCUGUUGAAAGUUUCAAGAAGGCAUUGGAAUUGGAGCCAAAUGAUGGCGGAAUAAAGAAUCAGCUUGCUGCUGCAACGAAGAUGAUUAACAACAGACGUAAUAAAGAGAGAGAAGCAUACCGUAAGAUGUUCCAAUAGCAGCUGGGUAGUCCCGUGGCUGCUGGUAUCUCAUGGAUAAAAUACAUUUCAUUGUCAUGCAAUUUCAUAGUUAGAGUCAACUGGUUCAGGCUUUUUGUGUUUUAGGCACUAAUUAUCUGGAUGGGCAUCAGGUAAUUGAGCUUUCCCUGUGGGUCUUUAUAAGCCAUGGGGACUAGAGGAUACAGUGUUAUACCUUGUUUUCUUUGGUGGGUGGGGUGAGUUUGAUCAUUUCUGCUAGUUCUUGCCAGAUUGUGCCUUAUUUGUAAUACUCUCGAGGCUUUCGAGCAUUUUGUUAAUUUUCUGUUUUUUUCAGUUUUUUUUGUUGUUGUUGUUGUCGUGUAUCCUUGUACCAGUUUGUACUUUCACAACAAAAUCGACUUUUUAAAUAUGGAUAUUUCUGUUACUGAACAGUUUAUAUUUUGGUGUAUGAAUUGUUUGGGACAAAGUAAUUGUUUUUAGAAUUUUAUUAUUAUUUUGUUGCUUUGUCACACUAUUUCUUGAUUGAUUUUCUUUAUUUCUUUUUCUUCAUUUGCA